UACGACAAGGUAAGAACUGGACACAUGAAAUUCACAAUAUCCUGACUUGAGCUGUGACGUUUACAAGGUUCUGAUCAUCAAUAAUUCACUUUGUUUCUCCUAUAUUUCAGAUUGGAUACAAAAGCUUUCUUUAAAGAAAUUUUUUAAAAAAACAAAAAAACAACAUGUUUCGAUAUGUGAUCUUUGCUGUGACACUGUGGAUCACAACAGCGUUUCCUGUCAAUCAAGAUCCUGCAAGUCGAGAAGGAUUUUGGAGUAUCCAGGAUGAAAGUGCAAACUUGGCCAUUGAUAAAAAAGAUGGCACCAAGCAGUCUGAUGGAAUGUGGAAGAGCCACGUGGUGAGCAGUGACCUUUACUCCCCAGACUCCCUGAACUCCAUGGCAGCUGAUCUCAGGCACAAACUGAGCCAGGAGUCAGACCGUCUACGAGCUCGCUUGAGACAAGAGCUUCUGGAUCUCCGUCAGAGGCUCUCUCCUUACCCCAGCCACCCCCAGGUCACCCCAACUAAUGUCCACGAGCUCCUGUCUCCCUUUACCGAGAGCCUUCAGUUGGCUCUCGAAUCCAACACCCAUCAACUCUGCAGUCAUCUCAUGAUGACCGUCCAAGGGGUUCAAUCCGAUGGACCUUCGCUCUACCAAGACGCAACAGAGAAGAUCAGUCAAGCUAUGGAUGAGAGUCAUAAGAGAAGAACUGCUGCCUUUGAGGACUUUAAAACAAAGGCAUUUGAGGCAGUUGAGGAGGACAAAGACAGCAGUAGGAAGGAUCUAUGGGAGGAGGUGACGGCCAGGCUGGGCCAAGAGAUCUGCUCAUUCAGUUUGGAGGCACAGGGCAAGAUUGCAGCACUGAAAGUCUCAUUAACAACACUCCUCACAUCAUCAGAACCCUUAGGAGCUGAAAUGGUUUCCAAAGUGGACCAGUUCUGUGAUGGUUCCUCAAAGCAGAAUCAUAAAUUUAUUGCUGAUUUAGUGCAGCAAAUAUCCAGGCUUGAGGAAAAGCAGAGUAAAGGCGAGUCAUCAAGUCAUGUAAACAUAGACUCCAUACAAGAGGAUUUCUCCACCAGACUAAAUGCCUUACUCCAGGACAUUGUACACAGUAUAAACUAGACAGACACCUCUCCCUCUCCAUUCAUGUUACAAUAGCCUCUUUAUUGUAAAUAGAAGUGAGACUGCACUGUGUGAAUUAUUGUCUUUCUGUAGAAGACUGUCUCUUAAAAUGUCUAGUAAAGACAACUUUUUAUACAGAAAAGAAAAAUGUAGUGACUGCGUAGGUUAUUUUAUUAACAGUCCAGUGCAAGAAAACACGAAUGGACCAUGUUUUUUUUAGAUGCAGGUUUAUUAAGUUCUGUGUAAUCAAUAUCUAAAGUGUUCUAUUUUUUAAAUAAAUGCACAUAAAUUGAA